UGUCAAUAUGUCCUGUCAUGUGAAUUAGUUAAUUUAUAAACUAAAUAAGUUUGUGUUAAUAAACGAAUUUUUCGGUCAUUAUCUUACAAAUUAAAAAUGUUAAAUACACCUCCGAAAUUGUACGAUUUAUGCCUCGACAUCGCAGUAGAAGCGAACGUGUCAGUUUCUAAAUUUUGGAAAAAAGAAUUUAGAUCAUUGCCUAAUAAUGUUUUAUUCGACUUUUAUUAUAAGAUGUUUCUGGAAAAACGUUUGUGCCUAUUAGCUAUAGAACUUAGCGAAUUGGAAAUUUUUAAUCGAAUUCUAUCAGUGAAGCACCAGCGAACGAAGUUUUUGAAAAGCUUUCAAUCCCUGAUAGAUCACGGCGCAAACAACGCAGAUUUGCUCAUUAAAGCUUAUGUAGUGCACUGCCAAGAGUCGGACCCAGACGAUCUAAAUUCAAUAGAAAUCGGUUUACGGAUAGGCUCUUUCUUCAACGAGGGAGGGCUAUUCAGCUACUCCAUAGAAAUCCUUAAUAUCGUAGAAGAAAUUUGCAAAAGAAGAGAAAGAGGUGAAACAACUCUUAAAAUGCUAUUGGACUGCUAUCACAAACGUAUAUACGCCGAGACCAUCUACUGUGAAUUCGAAAAGGCCGCAGAAACGUGCAAAUCUUCAUCGGAAGUUAUCAAAGAAUUGGAAGCAUUAGAUGCUUUACCCAAUUUAGCAGGCCUUUAUGCAAAUUACUCUUUCCUAUUUUUCGUUAGAAGCGAAUAUGACGAGGCAUAUUCUUGGGCAAUAGAGGCUUUAAGACUGGUUAAUGAGGAUUUACCGCCCAGAAUAGUGAUCGAAGUUCUGCGGCAGGCAUCUAAGUCAUGUGUGGUUAAAAGGAAAUUUACACCGGCUGGUUUAUUGAUCUCUCAAGCUGUCAAUAUGGCAUCGGAAUUGUACAAAGUAGAUAAUCAUCCUCACUAUUCAGACACGUUGUUGGAUUAUGGAUUUUAUCUGUUGAAUUUCGAUUCGAUACAAGAGAGUGUUAAAGUGUAUGAGAAGGCUUUGCUGAUUAGAAAAGAGGUAUUUCAAAAAAAUAAUAUCCGAGUGGCUUUGGGCCACGAAGAUUUAGCAUACGCCUUGUACGUCUACGAGUACAGUUCAGGAAGAUUCUAUGAAGCCAGAGAGCAUGUUGAACGAUCCGUCAGAAUUAUGGAACGAAUUCUUCCCGAAGACCAUCAUCUUUUGGCUUCUGUUAAGCGAGUAAAAGCCCUGAUUCUCGAAGAAAUAGCCCUAGAUGAAAGAAACAAUUCUAGUUUGCAAUCUCAGUACUUUAACGAAGCCCACACGUUACACAACGCUGCGCUAAAUUUGUGCUUUAAAGCCUUUGGAGAGAAAAACGUUCAAACUGCGAAGCAUUAUGGAAAUUUAGGAAGGCUUUUUCAAAGUAUGAAAAUGUACGAAGACGCCGAAAAGAUGCACCUAAAGGCUAUUGCUAUCAAAGAAGAGUUGCUGGGCGAGAACGAUUACGAGGUCGGGCUUAGUAUCGGACAUUUAGCUUCCCUUUACAACUACCACAUGAAGCGCCACAAAGACGCUGAGAAGCUCUAUUUACGUUCUAUUAGCAUCAACUUGAAGUUGUUUGGUGAAACGUAUAGUGGUCUAGAAUACGACUACAGAGGUUUAAUAAAUAUCUACACGAAGUUGGUGGAUUCUUCGAACAUGAUCUACUACAUGUUUAAGAUGAGAGAAUGGAAGAAUUUGAGAGAAACGAUCCAGCCUAUUGAACACGAUUGCGAACUGAAACCAGUAAAACAGGUGAUCACAAAGUUCUUCGAAAUGACGGAAUGAAUUCAUUUCGUAUCGUAAGUUGUCUACUGUGAAUGUAAUUGUGAUGAUAUCUAUGUCUUUUGUAUAUUGAUUUUUGGGUGAAUCCAGGGGAUUAUGUAUGUUUCAGAAAAAAUAGAAUUUUUUAUAUAUCUGCUGUAUUUUAUUAUUGUUGUUAGGAAUUGUGUAUUUUAGUUAUGUUAUUUUUAAAUACUCAUUAAUUUUUUAUGUAUACUAUUGUUUCUGUGUUUUUAGUUGUAUUAUCUCAAGAUUACUUUGUUUUGUUCAUUUCCAAGAACUGAAUAUAGUUACUUUGGAAAUUGUUAAUUACGUAAUUCGAGCAAUAUAGCGAAAUAAAAUGUGACUAAUAAAUAUUUUCAUUGUGUAUCUAGUUUCCUAAAAUGCUUUGUAUAGACACCAUAGAAAAUAAAAAUAAAAAAGAACAAAGGCUUCCAUAAUAAAUUUUUCUUCGAGAUAA